AUGGAGGCUCCAGACAGAUCAGAUGAGGGCCCGAUCGGUGAAUUCUACAAGGUGCUGGCCGUUGAUCCACGUUGCCCGAAGGGCAAGAUAUCUCUGGGCGGCGUUGCUUCCUGCGCCAUCAAGCAGCGGAUGUGGCUCCCGACAACCGAACCCUUCCGUCCACCGCCAUCGUUUUCCGUACAGCAAGUAAUUACUGUCCACUCCGCGUGGCCUUUUCGCACUGAAGGUUCUCCUUCUGCUGUAGAACCGCCCGUUUACUACUUCCCCCUGGCCGACGCCUUCCUACCUCCAGAACGCUGCAUUGAGGGCCUCUUCCGUCUCCUUUGCCAUCACCUGCACUACAGGUCCGAAAAGGAGUGGUUGGUGUCAGCGGCAUGCUGCUUUGCAUGCCCCAACCCGACGGCCAACAAUCUGUUCGCCAUCAACGUCACCCCUCUCCCUGCAGAAAUCUACACCGUCAUGAAGACUGUAUAUCACGGAGCGAUCAAUAAUUGCUUCCCGAAGAUGCGCGAUCUCGUCCCGGGCACAUGGGCUGUCCUGAUCCACGCAGACUUGAUCCGCCCCGUGAAUCCCAACCUGUCUAGACCGCCUAGAGUCUGCCAGAACUUCUUCCAAUGCGCUUUUGUCCGGCCCAAGCACAGAGUUAUCAAGGCUGAACCGCAGAUGGUCGACUCACUCGUCUCGGAUGACUUGGAGGUUCUGGACUUACAAGGCUUCGUGCGUGCCGCGGCGCCAAGCAUAUCCCGUGAGCAGCUCAACAGCCGGGUCGAAUGGCUCGAGGCAUGCGGCAAGUGUCACUUUGUCGGCGCCGACUCUGACAACCGGCCCCGGUUCUCGCUCGCUCCCGUCGACGCCGAAACCGCAUGCGGGUGGCUAAGGCAGGCGUUGGCGCGUCUGCGCACUGUGCGCAACAGCUAUCAGGAGAUCUGCUACCUCGAGUACUCAUGGGGCGCUUCAGUGCCCGUCUUCCGCAUCGCCAUCCCGGACAGCGCGAAGACCAACACGCCGUUUGACACGCUCCUGCAGAUCGUCUCGCCCGUCUCGCUCGGCUGGGCCGGGUUUUCCUGGGGCGGCGGGAUGACGCUCAACCCGCUGACGGUGGUGUGGCCGAACGGCAACGGCGCGACCGUGUCGUCGCGAUGGGCGACCGGGCGCGCCCUCCCGACCGUCUACUCCGGCGCAACGUACCGCACCGUCUCAGCCUCCCGCAACGCGACGCACUGGACCGUCGAGACGGUCUGCUCGGGUUGCAGCAGGUGGAGCGGCGGCGCCGGGCUGAGCACGACGGACGUCAACACGUUCGCAUGGGCCGUCAGCAGGACGGCCGUGUCGCAAUCGGGCAACAGCGGCAGCAGCUUUGCGAUCCACAACAAUGUCGGCAUGUUUUCCGAGACGUUGGAGAUUGCCAAGGUGCCGAGGGCCGUGUUUGACGCGUAUGUCAGGGGGGAGAGGUGA